AAUAAAUAUAUUAAUUAUUAUUUAAUCAUAAUAAAUUAUUAUUAUUUUUUAUAAAUCGUCAUCAAAUAUUUUAAUAAAAAUUCAUAACUUUUUAAUAUAUAAUAUUUAAUAUUAAUUAAUUAAAUAAUAUAAUUUUAUAAUUAUAUAAAAUUAUAAAAUAAAAUAACAAUAAUAAAUAUUUAACAAAAUAAAAGAAAAAAAAAAAAAGUAAUAAUAAAAAAUUAUUUUUACAAAAUAAAAUUAUUAACUAUUUUGGUUAAUUUAUAAAACAAUGAAUAACCGUAAUUCUAAUAUUAAUAAUAACUCUAUUGUAUCAUUAAAUAAUAAAAUUAUACCAUUAAACCCAACAACAAAAUGUAUUGAUUGCGGUAAAACUAAUAGAUCUAUUUGUUCAGGUUGUAUAGAUAAAGAUUUAAAUUUAUGUAAAAAUUGUCAUCAAGUUUUUCUUCAUGGUGAUAUCAAUAACAAUAACAAUAACAAUAAUAAUAACAACAUGAAUUGUAAUAAAAGUUGCGAAAAGAUAUAUAAUAAUGAUCACAAAAAUAAUGAUAGCACUCAAUCACAUACACAAUCAUAUAACAAUAGUUUUAUUGGUAGUCCAAAUGCAAGUUCUUGCUCAACAUAUGAUGAAUUCGAUUAUCAAGAUUUAGCAAUGGAAGAAUACGAGACCUAUUAUUUUUUCGAUUAUCACUUUGAUAAUAUAUCCCGUAAUAGAUUAUUUACAUGUCCAUAUUUAAAUUGUUUAAAAGAAGGUUUUAAUGAACAUUCUUUAGCUUUGCAUCUUUUAGAAUGUCAUGAAGAAGAAAACUUACUAAAUACCUAUGUAGUUUGCCCAUUCUGCUCCUAUAGAUUCAAAGAUGGAAAGUUUGUAGAGCACAUCAAAGAAAACCAUUUAAAUAUCUAUCAAGAUUUUAAUAAUGAUAACCACCAUUUAAAUCACCACAAUAAUAAUGAUAAAAAUAAUAACAGCACAGAUAAUUUAGUAUCAUAAAAAAAAUAUUUAAAAAACUAUAAACAAAUCAUCUUUUUUUUUAAUUCUAUUAAUAUUAUUAUUAAAAAAAAAAAUAAAAAAAUUAUUUAUGUAAAUAAAUUUAAAUUUUGUCGUUUAUUAAUUU